CCCGACCAUACCUGCGUGAUCCUCUGCCAUUCUGCCCGUUGCAGCAGUGGAUGAGGUGGUCGCUUUUGUGAUCUCUUUAUAUCUAGCGUGCGGAGCUUGCUUCUCUAUGGUGCGGCUCCGGCCAACUCUCUUUCAAGAUGCAGUCCUCCCCAAACAUGCUCACUAAGUUUGAGUCGAAGUCAUCCAGAGCGAAGGGAAUCGCUUUCCAUCCCAAGCGGCCAUGGAUCUUAGUAUCGCUUCAUUCGUCGACGAUCCAACUAUGGGAUUAUCGCAUGGGAACCCUCAUUGACCGUUUCGAAGAACACGAUGGCCCCGUCCGAGGCAUUGACUUUCAUCCUACACAACCCCUCUUCGUGUCCGGAGGCGAUGACUACAAGAUCAAAGUGUGGAAUUACCAAACGCGGAGAUGUCUGUUCACCCUCAAUGGCCAUCUCGAUUAUGUGCGCACAGUGUUCUUCCAUCCCGAGCUCCCUUGGAUUCUUUCCGCGUCGGACGACCAGACAAUCCGCAUAUGGAACUGGCAGAACAGGUCACUGAUCUGUACGAUGACGGGCCAUAAUCAUUAUGUGAUGUGCGCGCAAUUUCACCCAACCGAGGACCUGAUUGCCUCCGCCUCCCUAGACCAGUCUGUCCGUAUCUGGGACAUCUCGGGCUUGCGGAAGAAGCAUUCCGCGCCGACAACCAUGUCGUUCGAAGACCAGAUGGCUCGGGCCAACCCCAGCCAGGCGGAUAUGUUUGGAAACACCGAUGCAGUUGUCAAGUUUGUCUUGGAGGGCCACGAUCGAGGUGUCAACUGGGUGUCCUUCCACCCCACUCUGCCCCUGAUUGUCUCUGCGGGUGACGACCGCCUGAUCAAGUUAUGGAGGAUGAGCGACACCAAAGCCUGGGAAGUUGAUACAUGUCGCGGUCAUUUCCAGAAUGCCUCGGCCUGUCUGUUCCACCCUCACCAAGAUUUGAUCCUCUCUGUCGGCGAAGAUAAAACAAUCAGAGCAUGGGACUUGAAUAAGAGGACCUCGGUGCAAUCAUUCAAGCGUGAUCUGGAUCGCUUCUGGGUUAUUGCCGCUCACCCCGAAAUCAAUCUCUUUGCGGCAGGUCACGACACUGGUGUCAUGGUUUUCAAGUUGGAGCGCGAGAGGCCAGCUUCUGCGGUUUACCAGAAUCAGCUGUUCUACAUUACCAAGGAGAAGCAUGUCAAGUCGUAUGACUUCGCCAAGAAUGUCGAAUCUCCCCCGAUGCUCUCGUUGCGCAAGCUGGGUUCGCCUUGGGUGCCUCCACGGACUGUCUCGUACAACCCCGCUGAGCGUGCCAUCCUGGUUACUUCGCCAACCGAUGGCGGCGUGUACGAGCUGAUUCACCUCCCACGGGAUGCUACUGGUGCCGUGGAGCCGACCGACGUAAAACGUGGCCAGGCUUCUUCUGCUGUCUUUGUCGCUCGCAAUCGCUUCGCUGUUUUCAACCAAGCGAACCAGCAAGUAGACAUCAAGGACUUGAGCAACUCCACCACGAAGACGAUCAAACCUCCUCCAGGUACAACCGAUAUCUACUUUGGCGGUACCGGCUGCCUACUCUUUGUCACACCCACCAACGUCGCUCUUUUCGAUAUCCAGCAGAAGAAGCAGUUGGCUGAGUUGGCUGUCAGCGGCGUCAAAUACGUUGUCUGGUCCAACGAUGGCCUGUAUGCAGCUUUGCUCAGCAAGCAUAAUGUGACGAUUGUCACCAAAUCCCUGGAGCAAGUGAGCAGCUUGCAUGAGACCAUUCGUAUCAAGAGCGCCGCCUGGGAUGACGCUGGCGUCCUUCUCUACUCCACCUUGAACCACGUCAAGUACUCUCUCCUUAACGGUGACAAUGGCAUCAUUCGCACCCUCGACCAGACAGUUUAUCUCGUCAAGGUUAAGGGCCGGAACGUCUACUGCUUGGACCGCAGUGCCAAGCCGAGAAUCCUGGAAAUUGAUCCUACUGAGUACCGGUUCAAGCUGGCGCUGGUCAAGAGAAACUAUGAUGAGAUGCUCCAGAUCAUCAAGACCUCUAGCCUUGUCGGUCAAAGCAUCAUCUCAUACCUGCAGAAGAAGGGCUACCCAGAGAUUGCGCUCCAGUUCGUGCAGGACCCCCAGACUCGUUUCGAGCUCGCCCUGGAGUGCGGUAACCUUGAUGUUGCCGUCGAGAUGGCAAGAGAGUUGGACCGCCCCAAUCUGUGGAGCAGACUUGGCACAGAAGCUUUGGCCCAUGGCAAUCACCAGGUAGUGGAGAUGGCUUACCAAAAGCAGCGGAAUUUCGACAAGCUGUCCUUCCUCUACUUGGCCACGGGUGACCAGGAGAAGCUUGGACGAAUGGCCAAGAUUGCUGAACAUCGUGGCGAUUUCACUUCCCGAUUCCAGAACGCCAUCUACCGUAGCGAUGUUGAGGACAGGAUCCAGAUGUUCAAGGAAGUCGAUCUUUAUCCUCUAGCAUACCUGACCGCCAAGACCCAUGGGUUGACCGAAGAGGCGGAGUCCAUCCUCGAGGCUUGCGGCCUCACGGAAGACCAGAUCACUCUGCCCACUGGCGACGGGGUCCUACAGGUACCACAGCCUAUCGUGCCGACUUUCAAGUCGAACUGGCCCGUCAAGGCUGCUGCCCAUUCGUCGUUCGAGAAAGCGUUGCUCGGAGAAGUUGGCGCGGAUGACGAAUCUGCGGCUAUUGGCUUUGAGGCUGAGGAAGAAGAGGAAGAAGCUGAGACUGCGGCGAACACCUGGAAGAUGAGGACGAGGACGUUGCUGGAUGGGACAUGGGAGACGAAAUUAACCACGGAGGCCGACCUCUGGGCUCGCAACUCCCCUCUUGCCGCCGACCACGUCGCCGCUGGUUCCUUCGACACUGCCAUGCAGCUUCUCAAUCGCCAAGUUGGCGCCGUAAACUUCGCGCCUCUCAAGCCACGCUUCUUGGAAGUGUAUAAGGCCUCCAAGACUUAUCUCCCAGCGACUCCCGGCCUGCCACCUCUGGUUAACUACGUUCGCCGGACUGUUGAGGAGACUGACUCGCGCAAGGUCCUCCCCGUUAUCGCGAAGGAUCUGGAGACCAUUGCCAACGUAGACCUCCAGGAAGGCUACGCAGCCAUGAGGGCCAACAAGCUCGAGGACGGUGUGAGAAUCUUUAAGGAUAUCUUGCACUCUCUCCUCCUGAACACGGUGUCGUCAGAGGCCGAGGUUGAACAGGCAAAGAAGAUCAUCGAAACUGCUCGGGAAUACAUCCUCGCGAUGUCGAUCGAAUUGGAGCGCCGUGCUGUUGGGACCGACACCCCAGAAAACCUCAAGCGAAGCCUCGAACUCUCUGCUUACUUCACUAUCCCCAAGCUGGAGGUUGCCCAUCGCCAGCUGGCCCUGAUGGCCGCAAUGAAGCUUGCCUUUGCCAACAAGAACUACUCCUCGGCCCUCAGCUUUGCCAACCGGAUGUUGGCGAACGGUGGCUCCCCUAAGCUCCUGGAUCAGGCAAAGAAGAUCAAGGCUCAAUGCGAGCGCAGCCCGCAGGAUAAGAUUGACAUCGAGUUCGACCAGUUCGCCGAGUUCGAUAUCUGCGCUGCUUCCCAUACCCCUAUCUAUAGCGGCUCCCCAAGCGUCUCAGAUCCGUUCACCGGCGCCAAAUAUCAUGAACAGUAUAAGGGUACCGUGUGUCGGAUAUCCGACGUGACCGAGAUCGGUGCACCGGCUAGUGGAUUACGGUUGUACGUUCCAGGCCAACAUUAAGGAUGAAGGAGUCGGAAGAUUGUCUGUCAUGUAAUUCUCUGUCUCCAAUGUGAAACAUAUGAAGCGAAUAAGUUUCCCGUGGGAGGAAGUUUAGUGUGGCGCUGGAGGAAGCCGCUUACUAGAUGUAUGGAUUUGCUGUUUACACUAAUUUCCCAGCGACGUUGUUUUAUAUUACCUUAACUUCUACUUUCGC